GCGGGGUCCGCUGGGCCGGGGGCGGGCACGCGCGGCGGGGGCUGACCCGCCCCCCCUUGCAAGCGGUCCCCUCCCACGCGGCCAUGGACUCGCCCCGCGCGCGCUACCUCGUGUUCUUCCAAUACGUGGGGACCGCCUUUAGUGGGGUCAUGGCUAUCAAACAGCCCAAACAGAGGGUCGGAGUCCAGAAUCUUCUGGAGAAAGCUGCCGAGCGGCUGAGGUCCAUCACACCAGUCAAGUUUAACAUCUCCAGCCGAACAGACGCUGGCGUCCAUGCCCUUGGCAACUCUGCCCAUCUAGAUGUUCAGCGGCUGACUGGACGACCCCCUUUCUCACCUGAUAUCCUCACUUUGGCCCUCAAUAAGCACCUCAAGCACCCUGACAUCAGGGUGAUCCGAGCUUUUCGGGCCCCCAACGACUUCCAUGCUCGAUUUGAAGCCACAUCAAGGACCUACUUAUACCGGGUGGCAACCGGCUGCUCCCUGGACACACUCUCUGUGUUUGAACGGAACCUGUGCUGGGCACUCGGGGCUGAUCACCUGGAUGUGGCAGCCAUGCAGGAAGCCGCCCAACAUCUCCAGGGCACCCACAACUUCCAGGCCUUUAGGUCAGUAAGUGAGAAUAAUUGGCAAAACCCCGUCAAGACACUGCUCCGGGCCUCUGUGGUCCCUGCAUCAGCCAGCCCCUUCACUCAUCCCCAGGAGAAGAGGAAGGUGCAGUUUUGGGACAUAGAGUUUGAGAGCAAAUCCUUUCUGUACAAACAGGUGCGGAGGAUGACCGCAUGCCUGGUGGCCGUGGGGUUGGGGACCUUGACACCCUCCCAGGUGAAGGAAAAGCUGGAGAGUCAGGACCCCCGGAGUGGACCUGGAUUACUGGUGGCCCCUGCCCAGGGCCUCUUCCUAAAAUCUGUGCACUAUGAUGGCCUUGACUGGGGCCCUGGCAAGGACUGGUACAAUCGCCCAUCUGUCUCAAGAGGCCACAGCCCAGGAGAUGUGCCAGAGGGGCCUGGGCUCUGAUGGGACCAGGGAUGCUCCAGAAUUUGGUUUGGUCAAAUAAAGGGGAGACAUUUGGACUGUUCCUGGGUGUGUCCCUGUGAACCCUGCUCCCCACAUUUGCCCUUAGCACCCCACACUGAUGGUAGGCUUCCCACCCACCCAGAACUGAACUGUUCUGGUCUCUGGGCCUGUGGGGAGCCUCAUUUCCAGGCAGCCCCAGCCUGUUCCGAUCAUUUCCUGUGGGUUUGGGGCUGAAAGCCGCCUAGGGCCCUGGGGUGGGGAGGGGGAGGUGUCACACGUCACUUUUCAGAGGUUGAAAUUUCCUGUGGCUCAGAAUUCAGCAGAGCCCAGCAGUGGAUGCUCAGCCUACCUCCUGUGAGUAAACCUCGGGAGAGAGGGGAGUCUAUGGGGCUGGGCUGGGGGACACAGGCUCUAGAACCAGGUCUCCCCUUGUAGAAGCUGGCAGAGACCCAUUCCUCCUGGGCUUCAUCCUCCCCAAGGUCAGGGGGCCUCAGGCCCAGCUCAGAACCCAGGAAACGAGGCUUCCCCUGGGAGGAGGGACAGAUGAGGGGCCCCCCGUCACUCUCCCAGCUUUCCUAUGGGGAGGAGUUGACAUGAGGAAUAGAGGUGUGUUGGGAGGGAGAGGUGUAAGGGAGGAGGGGAUCAGCCCUUCCAGCCUGGCCCAGAGUGAGUAUUCAUGACUACUUCCUUCUCUCACAAGUGACUGGCAAGGAGCCUCAACUGGUCCUUCACCUGCCCUCAAACUGGGCUGACCCCACCCUGACCAAGAGGUGGAGAAAUCCUGGUCAUUUUCAGCAGGUUCUUGGAGCUGUGGUGUGGGGUCCUGCCUGGCCAUGUUCAGCCCUGCCUGGCCAUGAUGCCAACGACUGGGAACGACACAGGAAGUCCCUUGAUCACCCAGUUCUGGAGCCAUCACCGGCCGCUGGCCGUGGCUUAUGGCGUGGUCUUUGCUGUGGGCCUGGCUGAGAACGUGGUGGCCGGCAGCUUCCUCCUCUUGCGGCUGAAGCGCUCUGGCCCCACGUCGGUGCUCCUGCUGAGUAUGACAACAGCUACCACGGCCUUCACGUGUGCCUUGCCCCUGCAGAUCCACUACCACCUGCAUGGGGGUGACUGGCACUUUGGGGAGUUGGCCUGCCGGUUGAGUGCCACCCUUCACUGGGCCUUCAUGUUCCUGAGCACCACUUCUUUCUUCUGCCUCUGCCUAGACAGCUACAUGGCGCUGACCCACCCCUUCACACGCCUCCAGCUCGGCAAGGUCCAUUGGGCUGUGGGGAGUGCACUACUCUGGGUGCUCGCUGGGGGUGUGGCCAGCCCCCUGGCCCUGGGUAGCCCCCUAAGCUGGACCGGCCCUGACAAUCGCACCUCCUGCUUUGAGGAUUUUGUGGGAGGUGCGGGGCCUCGGUCCUACAGUGCCUACGCUCUGGUGGUGGGAUUCCUGGUGCCCUGCACCAUCAUCCUGGGUGGCUAUCCCCUGCUGGCAUGGCGUGUGGCCUCUGGCCGCAGGAGCUGGCGCUGCCGCAGGACCCUCAGGACCCUCAGCUUCAGCAUGUUUGUAUGUGCCAUCUGCUUCCUGCCCUACUCCCUUACCCAUCUGCUGCAACAACUCACCGGCCCCAGCCCCUUCCUCAGCUACCUGCGUCGGGUGACACUGAUGCUGGUCAGCCUGAGUUCCUGCCUCAGCCCUGUCAUCUGCCUGCCGUGGGCAUCCCGGGCUAGCUGCCAGUGCUGGGCUCGCCUCUGCUCCCGCAGACCCAAGAAGAUCUUUACCAUCUAUGAUGGCAACCUGGUGGAAUCCACCUCCUGCCCCCCGACGGGAUACAGCCAGGGACUGGGGUGUGGUGGCCAGUUUGGAAGUUACGGAGAGACCCAGGCUGGAGAAGCAGGCCUUGAGGCAAGCAAUGACAAGUGUCCCAGAGAGGCCACCCUGGCUCCUGGCCCCAUACACUGAGCCAAGCACAGGGACACAGUACAAAGAAUGAAACCAUUCCUCUUCACGAGGAGCUGGCUGGCAGUUCUGGGAAAGCUGACCAUGGAGGGAGGGAACCUGGGCCUGCAGCCCUGCUUAGGAGCCUGGGGAUGGCAAAACCUCCUCCUGUACCUGUCCAGAGGUCAGGAGGAAAGUCCACAUUCUCCUUCCAGAUCACCCACCAGCCUCUUUUCUACCUCAUAAGCAGGGUCCUACUACCCCGAGCCAAUCAGAGGGAGGCAGAGGUGCCCAGGCCUCACCCUGGCCCAUCCACUGGUCACUGCAGGGUUGGCACAUCUACACUUGCCUCUGUGGCCCUGAGGAGCAGGUUCAUGUAGUGGGGAGAAAUAAAUGACCAUGGGACCCAAGUCCCAAGUUAAGGGGCUGUUGCUACAGAUGAAUAAAAGGUGGGGAAGAAGGGUGUCC